UAGGUGUGAUCAUUUAGUGUCAGCUUAGAAAGUGCCAACUGUCAACUACUCCACGCCAAGUGUAUACGAGCGUGGUUGGAUAAGAAGAUCUGUACCACCGAUGAAACACCGAGGAGGCAAAGGAGCGAUGGGGAGCGGCGGCGUGGUGAAGCACCUCGUCCUCGCGCGGUUCAAGGAGGAGGCCACGCCGGAGGCGCUCGACCAGCUCAUCCGCCGCUACGCCGGCCUCGUCGACGCCGUCCCCUCCAUGAAGGCGUUCCAAUGGGGGACUGAUGUGACCGUCCUGGACACGCAUGAAGGGUUCACGCACGUCUUCGAGUCCACUUUUGAGAGCGCAGAGGGAGUCCAGGAGUACAUUGCGCACCCAUCACAUGUAGAGUUUGUGGAUGAAUUCCUGGCUUUGGCGGAGAAAAUGCUCAUAAUGGACUACAAGCCGGCAGCUGCCAAUUAGAGAUUUCGGGCAAGUGAGACUCUCGGAGCUUCUGUUCUGUUGUCGUCGGCUCGCCUUCGGUGAUAUUUUGUUCUUGUUUGCGUUUGAAAUUCAUUUGGCAUGUACAAGUUACUCUUAUGUACCUUGUGCUAAAUAAACCUGGCCAGCCUGUUAUA